UGGAAGGCAAACUCCUGCUUCUACGUUGAGAAUUAGCUGGGGUACAACUGCAUGCAUUUCUACGUGUAUUUGAAUCAAUUAUAACCGCGUGACACAAUAAGAGGAAGUUUGUUUUAUUGUUUCAGUUUCACGCACUUAAUUUUCAAAGUGUCCUGUACGAGGGCAAACGGCAGGAGUUUGAAAGCCUACUAAAAUAAUCUGCCUAUUUACCCAUAAUUCUUAGGAUCGCUAUCCUCCUCAACUAUUAGUUUAACAACAUGGCGUAGUAUUUAUAAAUCUAUAAUGAUCCAGGGAUUGCUUAUCUCGGACAUGCAGACGUAUUGAACCCACUGUAUGUGGACGUUUAACUAUUGCAAUAUGCAAGGUGUGCUGAUCCGACGGGAAGCUCCCUAUUCGAUUAGAGUUCCGAGAAUUCUGGCCCACAAAUACGUAUAGUUGCUUCGACAAAUUCACACAAUGAGUCCUCAAGAAUGAGACAACACGUGUGACUGGAAGUUAUGUGAUACCACUAAUAACAUCUAGAAGCAGUCAUUGACAAAGUAGCACUGAAAGAAGAGAAGAACGCUAAAUCAAGGCUGUAAAUAAGACAGCAUAAGUGCGCUGCAGCACAGGAGAGCAGACAUGGCCUCCCUCCGUGCUCUCUUGGCACUGUGCUCUCUGACAGUCCCCCUGGCCCUUUGUGUUCCACCCAUUGAGACCCAGCCAGAGCAGGUGCAUUUGUCCUAUCCAGGGGUUCCCUGCUGCAUGGUGAUUACCUGGACGACCUUCAACGAGACGGAGAGCGUGGUGGAGUACAGCGCGUGGGGUGGAAAGCUCUUUAAUCAGGUGGCCAAGGGCACCAGCACCGUUUUUGAGGAUGGGGGAUCAGAGAAGAGAAGGCUCUACAUUCACCGGGUCACACUGGCAGGCCUCAGGCCUGGUUCUGUUUACGCGUAUCACUGCGGCAGCGAGGCUGGCUGGAGUGAAGUCUUCUACUUCACUGCCCUUAAUGAAAGCACCACCUGGAGCCCCAAGUUCGCUCUCUUUGGGGACAUGGGCAAUGAAAACCCCCAGUCACUGGCCAGGCUGCAGAAGGAGACGCAAAUUGGAAUGUACGACGCCAUCUUGCAUAUUGGGGAUUUUGCAUAUGACAUGGAUGAGGACAAUGGCAGAAUUGGGGAUGAGUUCAUGAGGCAGAUCCAGUCCAUCGCUGCCUAUGUGCCAUACAUGACUUGCCCUGGGAACCAUGAGAGCGCAUACAACUUCUCAAACUACAGAAAUCGCUUCAGCAUGCCGGGAGACACAGAGAGCCUGUGGUACAGCUGGAACAUAGGGCCAGCUCACAUUGUCUCUUUCUCCACUGAAGUCUACUUCUUUCUUGACUAUGGCGUAGAUCUCAUUUUCAAGCAGUACGAGUGGUUGAGAAAGGACCUGGAGGAGGCCAACAGGCCAGAGAACAGGAAGGUGCGACCCUGGAUCAUCACCAUGGGACAUAGGCCCAUGUACUGCUCCAAUGACGAUAAGGAUGACUGCACUCAGUUUGAGAGCUAUGUUCGAGUGGGGCGCAACGAUACCAAACCUCCUGCUCCAGGUCUGGAAAAUCUGUUCUACCUGUAUGGAGUGGACUUGGAGCUGUGGGCUCAUGAACAUACAUAUGAGAGGCUGUGGCCCGUCUAUGGGUACAAGGUGUUCAAUGGAAGCAUAGAAGAGCCGUACAUGAAUCCUAAAGCUCCAGUUCACAUCAUAACUGGCUCCGCUGGAUGCCGGGAGAAGCACGACGGGUUCGUCCCCAAGCCAAGGGGCUGGAGCGCAUUCCGGAGCACUGACUACGGCUACACCCGCAUGCAGGUGCUCAACCGCACACACCUGUACCUGGAGCAGGUCUCUGAUGACCAGUACGGCAAAGUGAUCGACAGCAUCUGGCUGGUGAAGGAGCAGCAUGGGGUGGCAGCCUGGCUCUGACCACACUACUCAAUGCAGGGAUGCAAGGAUCUAAAUCAAACCAAUCUACCUGAGACUGCUCUGACGCAGUGCACUUUCAAAUCACAAUCAACAGUAUGCUGCACUUUAGUCUCUUAAAGGGACAUAAUACUAAGUUGUAAUAACAUGGUAAGAUAAUACUAACUCCCGUCAAAGGGAUAAGGCAAGUGAUUUUUCUUUUCUACAUUAAUUCAAUAUAACUAGUGAUAACACACAGAGUGUACUUUCUGAAUUGGACAGAUGAGAUGAUUUCUGGAGGCUGUCUGGUCAGGAUUUAUAAAGUGACCUUUUGGAUGAAUCUUAUUCUAGAGCCAUAAUGAAAAAAUACAACACUUUUGGAAUUCUGUAACUCCAUCUACAGUGUCCCGAUAUAAUUAAAUAAAAGCAUUCAGCAAAGAGCACAUGGAUGCAUGCUAGAAAGUUCUUAGAUGGUUCAUAAACGAUGUUUGACUGGAUCAAAUGUAACGUGAAUCCAUAAUGUAUUUAUGUUAGCGGAUACACAUGUUGUGGCUUACUGCCCAAAGAUAAGAGGUUUACUUUGUAAUGUUUUGAUACUGUGUAAUUUUUAGCCCAUGUUUCAUUAAUCUUAACUGCUAAAAACCAAGACUGAUUAAGCCUUUCUUAUCAAUUAUGUAAGUAUAAUGGUUUUAAUGUAAAUAAAGAUGAUUAAACUUUUUUCAGUUUUUUUAUAAUGUACAUGGAAAGAUACUGUAUAUAGCCUUUGAGAUGGAGCAAAGGCUUUGUGAUUGUCUGUACCAAUAAAAUCCA